UUGACCUUUCUCCUCUCGCCUCUUGCUCCUUAAAGCAUUUAAGUCUUUCUUCCCCCGCCCACACGUCACUAAAACCUUUGACGUCUGUCUGAUCUGGACUUCUAUUUAUCAGCGGGUCGGAGGCAGAGCGAAGACGGACGGCCGGGGAGAGAAUAUCCGUGCGCCGAGCGGAGAAGGAGGGAGUAGGAGCGAGAGUCAAGCGCCUGUCCCGGGCAGCGAAAGUACUCCAGGAGGUUUGGGUAGCGGAUAUUAGUGGCAGGGCGCAGACCGAAUCACCUUCUGUCCCCGCACACCGACACGCGGUGUCUUGUCAAUUACCGGACCGCCACUGAACCGUGCGGUGGAGGAGGAAGCCAGGCUGAGCCAAAGAGGAUUUCCCAAAAGCGAACUCGGCGUUGAAAACCUACCGUCGAGGGACUCCCCCCUCCCUCCGCCCCUCCCCGAAUUUAAUCCGACACCAAAAAAUCCGCCGCGCAGACCCUCACACUCCGGGGCGAGGCGAUGCGGCUCGUCAGAGAGUCGGUCCCGCUUCUCUUCCUCGUCUCCCUCGCCGCCCUGUUCGCGCUUCUCAGAGGUGUCCCGACGGGUAAAUACGGCGACCGACGACAGCAGAAGGGAGAGAGCGCCACGCGGGACGCCGGGGCUACGGGUAAGCAGGUGAAGAGCCAUUCGAUUUCAAGGCUGGCCCGGGAUCCAGAGGAGACGGCUGAAGAUAACAAGCUGAAGUCCUGGAAGACUAACAGCCAAGCCCGUCACAAGCGGCGUUGGUCACCCCCAGGACCACCAGACAUCCCGGCACAAACAAAAUACGGGUCUGGCCUGGAGGAGACCAAUCCUUUUGUCCUGGACCUGAAGAACUUCCCCGACCUAACCAAUGCAGACAUCAACGCACAGAAUCCCAACAUUCAGGUAACCAUUGAGGUGGUAGAUGACCCCCAGGCGGAAAUCGAGAUGGAUCUGCUAAAGGGAAACAGGAAUGACUGGUCCAUCUCCUCGGCUGAAUGGCUGUCUCACAAGGACAUCUUCUGGCCCUUGUUUUGGGAAUAUCCGGACUCGUCUGAGAUGGGAAGCUUGGACUCAGCCAACGGGAUGGACGGUGACGAAGAGGAGGAUUAUGCAAUGGAGUACGAGGGGGAGGAUACAUUUCUCAGCACAUUGGAUGGAGUUUGGGAUAGGAACUGGCCAAUACACAAGAGCUGGUCCUCCAAGGAGAAGUUUAACUACGACUACAAGGACGAUGAAGACUGGAGCGCCUGGUCCCCCUGCACGGUGACAUGCGGCUCUGGCAACCAGAAGCGCACCAGGUCGUGCGGUUAUGCCUGCACCGCCACCGAGUCACGGACCUGUGACCUGAUGCGAUGCCCGGGGGUGGAAGAUGAUGUGAGCGCAGCCACAGAAAAACUUCUGGAUGAGAAAGAAAAUGGAACAGAGUUGUUUGACACAGAGGUGGACAGCUGCGAGAAGUGGUUGAACUGCAAGAGCGAGUUCCUGAAGAAGUACCUGACGAAGGCGCUGACUGACCUGCCCAGCUGCCCCUGCACCUACCCCACCGAGGCCGUGUACAGCAUCGUCAGCGUCCGCGAAGAUGGCAAGGGCAGGUUCUUCCGCUGGCGCGACGCCAGCGGCCCGAAGGAGCGCCUCGACAUCUACAAGCCCACCUCCAAGUUCUGCAUCCGCUCCAUGCUCUCCUUCGACAGCGCCACCCUGGCCGCUCAGCACUGUUGCUACGACGACCAGAUGCGGCUGAUAACCCGGGGGAAGGGCGCGGGGGCCCCCAACCUGAUCAGCACGGAGUUCUCGCCCGAGCUGCACUACAAGGUGGACGUGCUGCCGUGGAUUCUGUGCAAAGGGGACUGGAGCCGUUAUAAUGCGGUGCGCCCGCCCAAUAACGGCCUGAACUGUUCGGAAAACCCCUUGGAAGAUGACUUUAUGGCUCAGCUCAAGGAAGCAAAAGAGUAUUGAGAAAAAUAAUUUCAAAAAUGGAUGUUUUUCACUGAUGACAAACCACCUCACAUCUGGUAAUAUCAGUCAGUUUUUACCUGGCAGCCAUCAGUAUUGAUUAGAAACAGUACCGGGCUGGUGCUAACAUUAAAAAAUAUAUAUAUAUAUAUAUUUGCAUAUAACUGUGUUCAUCCAAAGAAAGGGAUCAUUUCUACAACAAGGUGUUGACCACAAGAGGAUAAACUGAGAUAUUGUCACAGAUGUGACUUCCCUGUGUUUUAUUCGCAGCUCUUGUGUGGUACAGCGGGAAGUUCCAUGGUUGUUUCACACUCAGUAACAUUGUCGGGAUCCCACAGUCGGAUUUCCUCGCCCAUUUUCCCAGCAGCUCCGAGACCCGAAAGGUGCCCAUCUCAUCUGCGCUGAGAUUCCAUCAUCCUUGGCUUUCCCGGACCCACUUCACACCAGACUUCUGGAGGAAUAAUCUGCGGGAUCUUCAGCAUCGCUCAAAACCCGCGACUUUCCCCAGCAGGAUUUAAAGCGAAUCUCACUGGAGGGUGGAUGGUUGAGGACACGGGAUGUGCCUCGAUGGGGGAGGAUCUUGAGGGAGCCCAUUAUUACACAAUAGCUCUGUAAACAUCCGUCAAUGUCAGCUGAAAUUCCUACAUUACAGCUGCCACUACAGCUUUGGAAGUAUUUCACUGAAUGUAACCUGCUUUGGGACAUUUGACAUGGUGACGGAUCCAUCUUGGUUUCGGUGCUGCAGCUGCCUUUUGCCAUAAUGGCUGCUUGCUCAAUCAGACUAGUCAGCAUGGUCGUCCUUUCAAAGCAGAGUUCACUAUCUAUAAUUCUCAUAAUUGUGCAACCAAGCCUGAGGAACAACAGGCCCAUGUCCAUAAACCUCUGCACACAAUUGCCAUUUACCUCAGUUCAGCAAACAGUCUAACUCAGCCAAGCCAGGGCCAAAAGUCAAAGGAAAAUCUGACUUCCAGAAUUUCGACUUGUUUUUCUGUUUAUUCCCAGUUUCCAGGGAACAAAUCAAGGGAGUAGCUGCUCCUUUUUCUGGCCUCUUGAGUAUCCAUGAAUCUAAUUGUUCCUUUGGCUUUCAUUCAGUAGCUCAGCUGGUCGAGCAGAGGCCUGCUGAACUAACAUAAUCAUCCUUACUUAGGUCGCUGGUUGGAGUAUUGUGUUCUGUUCUGGUCACCUCAUUGUAGGAAGGACGUGGGAUCAUUAGACAGGGUAGAAUUUAAAGCUUAAGAAAAUCCCUGCUGAAUGAAUGCUGGGGAUCAGGACCAUUAUAGGAAGGAGGUGGAAGCUUUAGAGAGGGCGCAGAGGAGAUUUACCAGGAUGCCGCCUGGAUUAGGGAGCAUGUCUAAAGAGGAAAGCCCUAGCUCACUUCACUCGUACAUCUUUGCAAUGUGGGAGGAAACCAGAGCACCCAGAGGAAACCCACAUGGUCCCGGGGAGAACAUACAAACUCCUUACAGACAGCUGCAGGAAGUGAACCCAGGUCACUGUUGUGGUAGUAGUGUUAUAGUAACCGCUACACUACCACACCGCCCAUAGUCUCAGUUCUACUUCCCCUGUGCCACUCUCUCUGGCCAUCCAACGGUGUAUCAGUGAUAAAGUGCAAACAGCCACCAUUCUCCUGGUAGAAGAGCCCCAUGCAUUCAUAGCCCUCAACUCUCAGCCCUCAGACCCUGACCCUCCUGCCUCCCUGUGUCGACCCUCCCAGCACCUAUAAGGACUAUUCAUUUCAUACAUUCCUAACAUGAAAGUAUAUUUCAGAAUGCAUCGGUCCAAAGUAAAGGAGGUUUUGUUUUUUAUCUAAAUUCAAAGGGGACGCACUAGCGUAGUGGCUAGUGCAAUGCUUUACAGCACAGGUUUGAUUGCUUCUGCUGCCUGUAAGGAGUUUGUACGUUCACCCCGGCUGCUCCAGUUUCCUCCCACAUUUUAACACAUACGGGCCAGGAUUAGUGAGUUGUGGGCAUGCUAUGUUGGUGCCAGAAGUACACACAUUCCUCAAUGAUUUGAAUUGACACAAGACAACGUAUUUCACUGCAUGCUUUGGUGUACAAAUGUCAAAUGAAGCUGGUUUUUAUAGUUUGUAUAAAUGUGAACUGUGGUGAGCACAAAAUGAGACAUGGAAUGUAAUUCAGGAAAUUACAGUUCACUUGAUGGUCCUUACUGUGUCAGAGGGCCAUUGCUCAGUCUCCACUCUAGAUGGCUGUGUGUGAUCCAAGCUGUACAGAGGGAGUGCUGAGCUAUUCGAGGAGUUGCCUCUUGGAUAAUUGGCCCACCUCCCCAUCACUGAAUCCCUACUUGCACCCACAACCAACCUUCAACAUGCAAGAGCUGGCAGGUUGUCCGGGAGUCCUUCCGUUAAAAAGAGUCACAGAGAGUUGUACAGCAGAGAAUCAGGUCACACAGCCCACCACACCCAUACUGCUGAACUAGCCCCAUUCACCCCAUUAGGUAUGUAGUCUCUAUGCCUUGGUAAGUCAGGUGCUUGUCUCACUCUUUCUUUAAUAUUAUGAGGGCACCUUCCUCCAACACCAACUCAGGCAGAGCGUACUGGAUCUCUGUGUGGAAAAUAUCACCUAGCAGAUCCUUUCUAAGGCUCCCAUAAGAGAUUGUGCAGAUACUGGAAACCUUGAGCGACAGACACAAAAUGGAGGAACUCAGCAGUUUGAGGCAGCAUCAGUGGAGGGGAAUAAACAGUCAGUAUUUCAGGUUGAUUAUUCAACAUAGAUGAUGCCUGACCACCUGAGUUCCUCCAGCAUUUUGUGAGUUGCUCAACUUAUACCUUUUUAGUUUCGACAGACGAUUCUAGUUACCCAAUAUAAUCCCCUUGAUAAUUUUGAAAACUGCACAGCCUAUCUAAUCGAUCAGAAACAGGUCAAGGACAGAGUAACAAGCCUGGUUGGUUCCCCAUUAACCACACACACCCUCUAUCAGUUACAGCAUCAUCUCCCAGAAACCUGGCCUCUUGCAGCUGGAAGGUUAAAGACAGAAAGCCCAAGGAAUCUCACUAGCCACAGGUUCCUGGUUCCAUGGUCAUCACAGGAACAAAGUCCUGGAUCUCCUCACCUAACACUAUGAAGGUGCCUUCACUAUAAUGUGGGCAAUGGCUCACCAUCACUCUGUCAAGAAUGGAUAUUAAAUUAUAUUCCAUGACAUGAGAUUCUGCAGAUGCUAGAAAUCCUGGGCAAAAACAAACACACACACACUCACUCACUCUGCUGGGGACUGGAGGCACUCAGCAAGUUGGCAGUAUCUAGGGAGAAGAAUAGACAUUUGACAUUUAUGGCCAGGACCUUUCAUCAGGACUGGAAAGGAAAGGGGCAGAAGGCAGAAUCCUGGGUCGAGAGUUUCUUGUGUUUAAAUGCCUUGGUGUUGGAUAUUCAUCUUCAUGUAAAUCUCUUCAUUGUGGUGUCCUGGCACCGUAUCCUUGGUAGACUUGUCCAGAGCAUGAGAAACACCUCAAGACCAUGUUGCCAAUCCCUUCAGAAAGACCUUUCUACCAAGAUUCAACAUUUCAAAUCUCUUGAGUCCAUGUGACUCUGCCCAAGGUGCUGGAAGAAUUAGUAAGGGUAUAUCUUCCAAAAUCUUCCUUGCAUGUAACACUUACAAUGUUACUAGAGUUCUAUCAGUGCUUAAGCGACUGGAAGUUGUUCCAAGGAGGCCAAGUGGAUUUGAAGGUAGGUGAGGUAAUUUCAACUGAUGUAGGUCAUCAUUUUCCAAUAUUCACACCAAAUGCCCACCAAAACCACUGUGAUGGCAUCAGUACAUCUGACCACCACAUACCCACCCUGUUGUUGUAAGGGGUCUAACAGGAUGGGGUGAGGAGAGAGGGCCAUACCUUCAGAGCAUUCAGAAAGGUCUGGGCUAAUUUUUUAAAAGAUUACUGCUAUUUGUCACACGUACAUCGAUGCAUAUAGUGAAAUGUGUCACUUGUGUUAACUACCAACGCAGUCCAGCGAUGUGCUGAGGAGAGCCCACAAAUGUUGCUAUGCCUCUAGUGUCAACAUAGUAUACCCAGUAGAACAGGAGCAACCCAUGCCCUGUUGUGGUUCCAGAAACGGGAGAUGGGACCUUAGAGCACUCAUCAUUUACAAAUCAUUAGCAGAAGUCGAACACCCUUCCUCCAGCAUUUCCUUCCGCAUCCACUGCCAUAAACUCUGGUGUUGUAUUAAAUGAAUGUGAUCAAAGCGUCACAGGAGCCGGUGUUGUACGUAUAUCUUAAACAUCGUUCAUCACUCUCAGCUGCUGGCAUUUUGUCACACAGAACAGGAUGUAACAUUGCCUCUGCAUUGGAGGCAUUGUAACUGGAUUUGACUUCCAGUUAUUGCAAGAUCGAUUUGACAAAGGACUGGAAGAAAUUACUGUUUAAAGAAUUCAGCAACACCACUUGUGAAGGUUUAACUUGAAUACCUCCAUGAGACUCAGCCCUGGCUUCCUGUUAUCUUUGAAUAUUUAAGUUUUGUGUGUUUUAAUGAUUUGUUCUCUGAGCUUCGGUGCUGUUGUAUUGUUGAAGAGGUGGCAGGAGAAAGGUGGGAGGGUGGAACGGAAGUGGGUGAACCCCAGGCCUACCUCAGGUCCCUGAUCUGAAUAGGCUGUGGAACAUCGUGUGGAAUUGUAAAGAGCACUUCCUUCCAUCGGUGAAGGCCUUCUGUGCCCUGUUGGUUCAGUUAUACGCAGGGCAAUAUUUGGGUUCACUUCAUAGGCAACGAGGAUCUCACUGGACCACUCUAGAGUCUGUUGGUCUGUUAAUCUAUCUGUCUGUUUCACCCCCCCCUUCUAUCACCCUUUCUUCCCUCUUUCUGUCUCUCUAGCUCUUUCCCUCUCUGUCUCUCUCUCUCUCUGUCCUCCUCUUCCCUCUUCUGCCUCUCUAUCUCUCUCUCUCUGUCCUCUUCCCUCUCCUUCCUCUCUAUAUCUGUCUCUCUCUCUCUCUCUCUUGCUCUCCCUCUCUAUCCCUCCCUGACACACUCUCUCUCUCCAAUGUCUUUGUGAUCUCUUGGGCUGUCUGACCGAUACAGUCACUGGGACUUUGCUCACUGAGAAUCCUUGGAUGGACAUGAAGUGAACAUCUUUGCUGAUCCUGCACCUAACAUUUCUACCACUUCCUUAGGUUGACUUCAUUGUAAAGGCUAGGGCACCCUGUUCACUACUAUCAGUGUCAACCAGAUGAGAAAAGGGACAAAUCAGUAGUGAUUUCCUGCUCUGCUGACCCCCUUCCCUGCAAUGAGGACAGUUGAAAGGAUGGCAAUCCAUUCAGCCAAAAUGCAUCACAUCACACACAAAUGCAUUGACUUGUGAUGGAGUGAUAGCAGAACGCUUUAUGUAUCCGAAGGACCUUAUGUACAUUGACACAGGUCCACCACACCUUGGAAACAAAGUUUAGGAGCUAAACUAAGAAGUUUAGCUCGUCUAACAUUUUGGAGUAAGAUACAGAUCCUUGCUCCAAAUCUGAGGCACUUUACUGAGAUUUUUCCAUUAUAUUUUCUUGUCACAUUUCAAAAUGAGAUCCCACUGUUCUCAAGAAGAUUACCUGCAAACAAGUUGCUGCAGAUUAUUUCUCUGUAUAAAGGAAUCUUGUGCAUAAUGUAAGAACUUAAUAGCUUACUGUAAUUGUGAGUUUCUUGUACAGUAUUUAUUGUCUGUGUUUAAUGCUUAAGAAAUAAGACUAAAUUGUUUUACAUGAUUGAAGGUGCACUACUGUGAGACAAUGUGUUUCUAAGGGACUUACGUUCAAUGUGAAAAGAAAGCAUCAUUUAUCAUCUAUUUUGUCUUUCAAUAAAAUCAUUAA